UCUGCUACUAGAACAAAACUCACAGAUAGGUAAUAACAUCGUAAGCCACCUCUUUGUCUCUGCUGUCUACUUUCUAGUUUACCCACCCUGUUUUUGAAGGAAAAACAGACACUCCCCAAGGGUCUUAAUGAAAAGAAUUCGCAAUUAAGCUGCCAAAAAAAAACAAACAAGCUUGUUGGGAAAAUUUAUUUUGAUGUUCCAGCUAGAAGUUUUACUAGCUUGAUUGGUUUUGGGUAUGUGAAGAGGAAGCAAGAGCUUAGGUAGUUGAGUCAGAAUGGAGUGCAACUGCUUUGAGCCACAAUGGCCUGCAGAUGAAUUGUUGAUGAAAUAUCAAUAUAUUUCUGAUUUCUUCAUUGCACUUGCUUAUUUCUCAAUCCCUUUAGAGCUUAUAUACUUCGUCAAGAAAUCUGCUUUGUUUCCAUAUAGAUGGGUCCUUGUUCAGUUUGGUGCCUUUAUAGUUCUUUGUGGGGCAACGCAUCUUAUUAACUUGUGGACUUUUACAAUGCAUUCAAGAGGUGUGGAAGUAGUAAUGACCACCGCUAAGGUUUUGACUGCUGUGGUAUCAUGUGCAACUGCCUUGAUGCUUGUACAUAUUAUUCCUGAUCUAUUGAGCGUAAAAAUUAGAGAGUUAUUUUUGAAAAAUAAAGCUGCGGAGCUUGAUAGAGAAAUGGGUCUGAUUCGUACACAAGAAGAAACAGGUCGACAUGUUAGGAUGCUUACUCAUGAGAUCAGAAGCACUUUGGAUAGACAUACUAUACUAAAAACCACUCUUGUUGAAUUGGGUCGAACUUUGUCUUUACAAGAAUGUGCCUUGUGGAUGCCGACAUGUACUGGGUUAGAGCUCCAACUUUCCUACACUCUUCGUCAACAGAAUCCAGUUGGUUAUACUGUACCAAUACAUCUUCCUGUGAUCAACAAAGUAUUUAGUAGCAGUCAUGCAGUAAAAAUAUCCCCAAAUUGUCCAGUAGCUAGACUACGGCCUGCAGGGAAGUACAUUCCUGGGGAGGUGGUUGCUGUCCGUGUCCCACUCCUACAUCUCUCUAAUUUCCAAAUUAAUGAUUGGCCAGAACGAUAUGCUUUGAUGGUUUUGAUGCUCCCUUCAGAUAGUGCUAGGCAAUGGCAUAUCCAUGAAUUGGAGCUAGUUGAAGUGGUUGCUGAUCAGGUGGCUGUUGCCCUUUCGCAUGCUGCAAUUUUGGAAGAGUCAAUGAGGGCUAGGGAUCUUCUUAUGGAGCAGAAUGUUGCACUUGAUCUGGCCAGAAGAGAAGCAGAGACAGCAAUCCGUGCUCGAAAUGAUUUCUUGGCUGUUAUGAAUCAUGAGAUGAGAACCCCAAUGCAUGCAAUUAUUGCUCUAUCUUCUUUGCUGCAGGAAACUGAGUUGACACCUGAACAGCGUCUAAUGGUUGAAACGAUUCUUAAGAGUAGUAACCUUCUCACUACUCUAAUAAAUGAUGUAUUGGAUCUUUCAAGGCUGGAAGAUGGCAGCCUUCAACUAGACCUUGAAACUUUUAACCUUUAUGCUUUAUUCAGAGAGGUCCUUAACUUGAUCAAGCCCAUUGCGUCUGUUAAAAAGCUGCAUGUUUCAUUAAAUUUGGCUCCAGACUUGCCAGAAUAUGCUGUUGGUGAUGAGAAGCGCCUUAUGCAAACAAUUUUAAAUAUUGUUGGUAAUGCUGUGAAAUUUUCAAAGGAGGGCAGCAUUUCAAUCACUGCUUUUGUUGCAAAAUCAGAAUCACUGAGAGAUUCUCAAGCCCCUGAAUUUUUCCCUGUGCCAAGUGAUAAUCACUUUUAUUUGCGUGUACAGGUGAAAGAUUCAGGAUCAGGGAUUAGCCCCCAAGAUAUUCCGAAGUUAUUUACCAAAUUUGCACAAACUCAAUCAACAGCAACACGAAAUUCUGGUGGCAGUGGACUAGGGCUUGCAAUUUGUAAAAGGUUUGUAAAUCUAAUGGAGGGGCAUAUUUGGAUUGAGAGUGAAGGUCUUGGAAAGGGAUCUACUGCUAUCUUCAUUGUAAAACUCGGUAUCGCAGAUCGCUUGAAUAAAUCUAAACUUCCCUUCAUGUCUAAGGUGUCAACAAAUCAUGGUCUGACAGCUUUUCCUGGGCUUAAAGUGCUGGUUAUGGAUGAGAACGGGGUUAGCAGGAUGGUGACAAAGGGGCUUCUUGUGCAUCUAGGGUGUGAUGUUACAAUGGUAAGCUCGAGUGAUGAGUGUCUGCGUGUGGUUUCUCAGGAGCACAAGGUUGUUCUCAUGGACGUUUGUGUUCCUGGUAUAGAUGGUUAUGACAUCGCCAUCCGCAUACGUGAGAAAUUUACAAAGCGCCGUGAAAGGCCAUUACUAGUGGCGCUCACUGGAAAUACAGACAAGGUGGCUAAAGAGAACUGCAUGAGGGUUGGUAUGGAUGGUGUUAUAUUGAAACCUGUUUCACUUGAUAAAAUGAGAAGUAUUCUAUCAGAUCUUUUGGAGCACCGACUUCUUUUUGAGGCAAUAUAAGCACGAAGAAUAUCGGAGACUGACCAUGUCAGGGUGAAAAUGAAUAAAACGAGGAAGACGAUGAAAGAAAUUCUCUGGAUGGUUCUGUCCAUGUACAUACCACGCAAAAUCAGAGCACUACAAGGGAAAAUGAUGCAUUUGCUGCGAAGCAUAUAAAACAAUUGGUGUGCCAAAAUGAAUUUUUGUGUCUUCUCUUGUGCAACAACAGAUUUUAUAGCAAGUGCUGCAAAUAGGUUGUCAGGAACUAAGUCUGUUGUAGAUCAGUUAAAUUAAAACGGUACUAGCAAAACACUCUGUGCGUGGUCAUAAUUUUUUUUUUGUUCUGUCGUAUCUAAUUAAUUUAUUUUUAUUGAAAAAUUCAUCUAAUUUAAAAAAUAAGCUUAUUGUAGAUCAGAUAAAUUAAAACCGUACUCGCAGAACAUUUGGUGCGCGGUCAAAAUUUGUUUGUUUCGUCGUCUUUAUUUAAUUAUUUUUUAUUCUAAAAUUUGU